CAGAUUCGAAAAAAUAAACAAAAUAUUGUUCCAGUAUCCACCAAACAGUAAAAAUGAAAGGUUUUCUUUUAGCCAGUUUCUUGGUAGUUGCCGUCAGUGCUUCAUCUCUGCUUGAGCAAGAUGGCGCCCAGUUCCAGUCUUUCAAGGUGAAACACGGCAAGACCUACAAGAAUCAAGCUGAAGAAACCUCCCGUUUCGCCAUCUUCAGAGACAAUCUUCGCAUUAUCGAAAGCCACAAUGCUCGUUUCGAACAAGGUCUUGAAACUUACACCAAAGGAGUCAACAAAUUCGCCGACAUGACAUCCGCUGAAUUCAAAGCCAUGCUUGCUCUUCAAGUUGCCACCAAACCUAAAUACGACUCUGACAAAACAUUCGAGCUUCCCGUAGGAGCUUCCGUUCCCGACUCCAUCGAUUGGAGAGAGAAGAACGCCGUCAACCCCAUCAAAGACCAGGCUUCUUGUGGUUCAUGCUGGGCUUUUGCUAUUGUUGGAUCUACUGAAGGCGCCUACGCUAUCAAAACUGGAACCCUAAGCAGAUUCUCCGAACAACAACUUGUUGACUGUACUACUGACAUCAAUUUAGGAUGCAGCGGUGGAUACUUGGAAAAGAACUUCCCCUACAUCAAAGAAAAGGGUCUUGAAUACGAAUCAGACUACCCAUACGAAGGUACUGACGGUACUUGCAAAUACGACGCUUCCAAAGUCGGCACCAAAGUCAGCUCCUAUGUCAGCUUCAGCAAUGAUGAAAACAAAUUGAAAGAAGCUGUAGGAACUGCCGGACCAGUAGCCGUUGCUAUCGAUGCUGAUUACAUCCAACUCUACAGUGGUGGGAUCUACAGCGACUCUACCUGCGAUCCAGACUACUUGGACCAUGGUGUCUUGGUUGUUGGAUACGGUGCUGAAAAUGGACAAGACUACUGGAUCAUCAGAAACUCAUGGGGCAGUAACUGGGGUGAAUCUGGAUAUUUCAGAUUUGCUCGUGGAGUCAACCAGUGCGGUAUUAUUGCUGACAACACCUACCCCAUCAUAUAAAUGAUAUAACUCAAAA